UCAUCUCUGUCUCCCUGCCGAAUUGUGCUUGGCUCACUGAUGCUAAAGUUCGGUGGCCUCUCUCCCGUCCUCCUGCUCUUGGUGAGCUGCAUCGCAUACCCGCUAAAACCAGCCAUGGCAGGGUGUGAGGCCAAGAGCUGUGGCCGCGUCACAAACAUUAGCCACCCCUUCUGGCUCCGUGACCCACGGCAACCUCCCUGUGGUGGACUUUCUUUGUUUGAGCUCUCCUGCGAGGAUGGUCUUCCCAUUCUGGUGAGUUCUUACAACAGUUCCUACUACCUUCAGGACAUCUUCUACGGGAACAAAUCCUUUUGGGUUAGGAACAAAAAUUUCAACGAUGAAGGCUGCGCUAUUCCCAAUUACGACAUACGGGUGGACCUCCCCGGUUUCUUCAGAGUUAGCGCGGUGAACACAGAGCUCCGCUUCUUCUACAAUUGCUGGGCGCCGCCGACCAUUUAUACCACAAGAAUAGACUGUGCUCCUAACGCCACCUUUGCGCUUGUCGGUGGACGUUAUGGUGACAACUCGACGUCACCGCCGUCACCACCGAACCGAUGCAACACGUCGAGGGCGCCGGUUUUGUUGCGAGACGGAGGAAGAGAAAGGAGUAGCACAGAAGACAUCAAGCGUCUCUUGAAGAAUGGAUUUCUGGUGGAGUGGGGAGAAUUCGAUGCUUGCUGGGAAUGCAAACUUAGCAACGGACGGUGCAGUCAUGACGAUGCAUCGGCGUCAUUCGUGUGUAUCUGCCCGGACGGACGGCACAGUCCCUGGAAUUGCAGAUCUAAGAGCAACAAGCGGAUUGUGACUGGUAAGAAACUUACAUUUCUGAGCCGGUUGAUCUCCUAA